GUUCAUGUUGUGAAAAAUGGCUGAAAAUUCGAAAAAACGAGUCACGGCCGUGGAAGUUAUCAAAACUCUGACCCGUGUGGAAAGUGACGUGAUAUUUUGUGCUAUUGAUCCCACUAGCAAAUGCCAAUAUUCCCAGGCAAAGUUUGACUCUGGGAAUUUCGCUCGACACUUCCGGAAUCAGCACUUGGAAUUGGCGAUCAUAAACAAUUUGUGUAAGGCUGAAACUCCUGCCAAAAAACCAAAGGCUAUCCCGAAACUACCUGUGGCUAUUAAUAAGCCAACCUUCAUGGAAGGUUGCAUGAAGCUUGUCACAAUUCAUCACCUGCCACUCACAUGCUUCGAGUGGGAAGGGUUAAAGCUGAUAAUAGACCCGAUUUCCGAAGCUUUGAAUGUGAAAAUAAACCGGAAAAAUAUAAAAUUACAUCUGGAGGCAACUGCAAACCGGAUCAAGCAAGUCCUCAUCAAAGAGAUGCGGGGAAAGUUAAUUUCGGUUAAGCUGGAUUCGGCGUCCCGGCACCAUCGCCAUAUUUUAGGAAUCAAUGUCCAGUACGAACUACACGGCGCAGUUGUCAUUCGAACUCUUGCGAUGAUGGAAGUGAAGCAAAGUCAGACGGCAAAAUUCUUGAAGGACAAGAUCCUGGAAGUCCUGGACACCUACGGCGUCACAAUCCACCAGAUUUUUUCAGUUACCACGGAUAAUGGAGCUAAUAUGAUAGCGGCUAUUAAAGAGCUGAAAACGUGCCUCUCAAAACAGCUCAUAGAUGGUGAAGAAGCGUCGAAGAUUUGUUUGGAUGACGACGAUGAUGAAAGCGCAAACAACGAAACGGAUAUGGCCCUGCUGGAAAAUUUGAUAAUGGAGUUCCGCAACCAAUUGAGUCUGGUAAGGUGCGCAGUCCAUACGCUGCAAUUAGCAGUAGGAGACGUGAUUAAAAAGAACGACGCAAACAUUGCCAGAAUAACAAAAGUUGUCAAGGAAACCCGUAAAACAAAAUAUACUUUGUAUUUUGAACAUAAAAAUGCUUCGAAAGCACCGUUGUGGUGCAUUACGCGAUGGGGAGGACGGUACGAGAUGAUAAACUCAAUUGUUUCUCAAGAGUUCUUCUACAAAGAGAUUGGACAAGAACAUAAAGAACUCGAACUUUUUGAAGGCGACUGGAAUUAUAUGAAGCAUUUUGUGGCCGCUUUUAAGCCAGUUUAUGAACUGACAAAGAAAAUGCAAGAAAAACAUUGCUCGCUGAACGAUUUUUACAUUUCGUGGUUGCAAGCAACGUGCAUGGUUGAAAAGGAGAUAGACAAUCCUUUUCAUGAUCCACUUCUUGAGACCCUGAACACCAGAUUGAAAUUGUUGAUGGAAAAUAUGGUUUUUAAGGCGGCAAUUUUCUUGGACCCACGCCUAAAUUUUCUGGGUUCAAAAUUGUUUGCAUCUGUAGAUGAAAGAGAAGCUGUGAUGAACUUUAUCAUAAAUACGUAUAAUCGUAUCGUUAACACUGCAUGUGUUUCUUCAACACCGUCAUCAUCAACCAAUGUUCAAUCAACACCAGCUCCAGAUUGCGUUAACAAAGACGUUAGCGAUGAAUUAGAGGAUUACAUAACGAGAAUGAUCGGGGGAUGUUCUGCCAACAUUUCUGGUACACCAUCGUUUCACAUUCAACUGCGACAACUUGAAGUGGAACCACGACAGCCACACCAUUAUGACGUGUGGAAUCACUGGUUGGCUAGGAAGCGCACACAUCCAGAACUAUAUGCCGUAGCUAUGGUUGUUCUUGCUGCACCAUCAAACCAAGUUAGCGUGGAACGAGCGUUUAGUGCCCUCGCGUUGGUGUUAUCCGACCUACGAACUGGACUUGCUGAAAAAACUCUUGAGGAAAUUCUUCUCGUCAAAUUAAACAGAGAGAUUUUUCAAAAAGUCGUUGCAUCACCGGAUGAUGCUUAG